AAGGAAAAGUGGUGACUCAGAUACGGAUGGACGUCUUCAAAGUAAAACAGACCUUAUCCUCUAUCUCUUAGUAGGAUGAGAAACCGAGAAAUUCAAACCCACGAGAACAGAUAAUAAUGACAAAUCUAAGCAUAAAGCAACAUAUAGAAAAUUAUUUUAAAACAGAUAAACUAGCACUAAUCCUCCAAUCCCCCUCAUUUAUUCCCUUUGAUUGACCACCAAGUUUCAUCCACACAACAAAUACCAUUUCUUUAUCAAAUCAUAGAACUAGUCAAAACCCUCCUACCAUGUGUGUGUGUGUGUGUGUGUGUAUAUAUACUAUGCUCCCUCAAAUUAAGCCUGCUGGAAAUCACAAGGUACAAAAUCUUUUUAACUAAGAUUUUCUCAUCCUCUUUCCUCCUCUGCUAUUAUUUUUAUUCUUGUUGCUAAGAUUUGGUCAUCAAAAUGAGUGGAUCAAAGCAUUUUUAUCAAGACAAGCCUCUGAAGGAAAAUGAUUCUAAUGAUGCUGAUCAAUGGGUGAUCAUGGAAGGUACUGGUGAUAAAAUUUGUGACUCUGAAUCCUCCUUUGAAGAAGAAUCAGUUAGCUCUGUUACAACAUCUUCUUCAUCAAUAUCAGACAUGGUAGAGGAUGCAACCUCGUCAACAUCAUCUUCAUAUGGGCCUUUGUAUGAAUUAUCUGAUCUCAUGGACCAACUACCCAUCAAGAGAGGUCUGUCUAAACAUUAUAAAGGUAAGUCACAAUCAUUUGCAAGUCUAGCAAGUGUGAAGAGUUUAGAAGAUCUUGCAAAGAAGGGUAGCCCUUAUAAGAAGAAAAUGAAGUCGUGUAAGAGCUAUGGAGGGGGUUUGGAUGGUCAGAAAUUCAGUCCUAAGGCUACCAUAUCAAAGAAAGCUUCAAGGGGUUCUUUCUUUUUGUCUUUACUAGGUAAGAGAGCUACUUUUGUGGCCCAGUAGUAUUCAUGUACACAAGGAUUUCUAAUGUUCAAAUUCAAACCUAGUACACCUUUCAUGGUUUUUGUUACCAUGCCAUUUGUUUUAAAUUAUUUUUGGCAAUGAAAAACUUCACAAACAA